GUGAGCUGACUGAGAAAAGGGGAUUUGGGUUCCAGGAAGAGGUAGUGUUUGCGUUGGGGCUGGGGUCCUGGAGGAAGCCAAGGCUCCCAGACAGAAAAGAGUCAGGAAUCAGGGCAGUGGGGAGAGGCACUGUCCAUUCUCACCUAGCCUCAGGGGUAAGGUGGGCUUUCGUCCCACCCCUCAAUGCCCACUAUGGCCCUUUACAGCCCCCUAUAGGCGCAGAAGGAUGUGGGACUGUUACCGUCCCCCGGGAAAUGAGACGCUGCUGAGCUGGAAUGCCUCUCGGACCACAGGCACCGCCUUCCUACUACUGGCGGCACUGCUGGGGCUGCCCGGCAAUGGCUUCGUAGUGUGGAGCUUGGCGGGCUGGCGGCCUGUCCGGGGGCGACCGCUGGCGGCCACACUCGUGCUGCACCUGGCGCUGGCCGACGGCGCGGUGCUGCUGCUCACGCCGGUCUUCGUGGCCUUCCUGGUGGGCAGGGAGUGGCCGCUGGGCUCGGCGGGCUGCAAGGCGGUGUACUACGUGUGCGCGCUCAGCAUGUAUGCCAGCGUUCUUCUCACCAGCCUGCUCAGCCUGCAGCGCUGCCUCGCCGUCACCCGCCCCUUCCUGGCGCCUCGGCUGCGUAGCCCGGUCGUGGUCCGCCGCCUGCUGCUUGCUGUCUGGCUGGCCGCUCUGUUGCUUGCCCUCCCGGCCGCCAUUUACCGCCACCUCUGGAAGGACAACGUGUGCCAGCUGUGCCACCCGUCGCCGGCCCAGGCCGCCGCCCACCUGAGCCUGGAGACUCUGACUGCCUUUGUGCUGCCCUUCGGGCUGGUGCUCGGCUGCUACAGCGUGACGCUGGCACGGCUGCGGGGCGCCCGUUGGGGCUCCGGGAGACACGGCACGCGGGUGGGCCGGCUGGUGAGCGCCAUCGUGCUCGCCUUCGGCUUGCUCUGGGCCCCGUACCACGCGGUCAACAUUGUGCAGGCGGUGGCCGCGCUGGCUCCACCCGAAGGGGCCCUGGCGAAGUUGGGCGGUGCGGGCCAGGCGGCGCGAGCUGGAACUACAGCGUUGGCCUUCUUCAGCUCCAGCGUCAACCCGGUGCUCUACCUCUUCACUGCAGGGGAUCUGCUGCCCCGUGCAGGCCCCCGCUUCCUCACGCGGCUCUUUGAGGGCUCAGGAGAGGCCCGAGGGGGUGGCCGCUCUAGGGAGGGGACUAUGGAGCUCCGAGCUACCCCUCGGCUCAAAGUGGUGGGGCAGGGCCCAUGCAAUGGAGACCCCGGGGGCGGGGCAGCGAGGGACAGUCAGGAAUGGGACCCUUGACACCAAACCCUACAACCAGGUCCGCUCUUUCCUAUCCCCUUCCAUUGCCCCCUAGAACUCAGGGAAGCACUCUGGAGCAUUUGGGGAUCCUGUUCUGAUCACAGUUUGGAUCUGUUCUGGCAGAGUUAUUAUACACCUGGGGCAGGCCCAGGUUCCUCCAAGCUGAGGGAUUUUAAGGGGUGAUGGUCUAUAUUAAUGAAUACUGUGCAUUUGCAGGUUGGCCUGUGCCCAUGUGCCAGAGCUGCUUACCUGUUGCCAAUAGCUAUUGUGAAAGACUUUGGGCAGCUAUUGCACCAUGGCUUAAGGGUGCUCCCUUUGGUAGUUAGCAUGCCCGAGUUGUACUGAAGCCACAUGGUUUCCAUGCUGGGUCAGGCCAAGGCUGGGCAGUGCCAGCCUUCAGUGGCAUCUUGACCUGUCCUUCCCACUUCAGGUGGCCUGGUUCCCUCACGCCAACCUAUAUAACCAUUCUGUAAAUAAAGGGAGAUAGAAGAAGGAAAGGUAUGGGCUCUUGGAUGUGGGGUGGGGAUGGAAU